AUGGAGGUGUUGAGGGAACAUCAUGGAAUUAUACUUUCACAAUCAAAGUUCAUAGUUGAUCUCCUAAAGGAAUUUGAUAUCACACAUAUUUCACUUGUUUCAUCUCUUCUUGAUCUUACAGUAAAGUUAAGUUUAAAUGAUGGAGAUGAUAUUUCGAAUCUCACUGUGUAUAGAAAUCUCCUUGGUAAGUUGAAUUAUCUUACUCACACAAGGCCAGAUCUUGCCUUCACUGUUCAACAUCUUAGUCAAUUCAUGCAAGAUCCUCAUCUGCCUCAUCUCACUGCCGCAUUUCAUGUUCUUUGUUACUUGUCCAAAGAAUCAGGUUUGGGACUUUUUCUCAAUGCCUUUUGUUCUUUUGAAUUGCUUGCCUUUUGUGAUUCAAAUUGGGGAACAUGUCCAAAUCCAAGAAAAUCCGUUAGUCAAUUUUAUAUAUUACUUGGGGGAUCUCCCAUCUCUUGGAACUCAAAGAAGCAAACAUCUAUUUCUCUUAGCUCCGUCGAGACUGAGUAUCAUUCUAUGCGGCGUGUGGUUGCUGAGCUCACAUGA